UUUGCCACUCCCUUCAUUCUGCCCCACCCCCUUCAGUAAUUCAGCUACCUAUAUAGCUAGCUAGCUGUGUACUGUACUUUUGUUAUGCCUUUGAACAUGCUCUGCACCUCUCCCUUGGUGAAGUACCUCUAAUGAAGCUGCCAAGAUAUCAGAAUGAGUAUCGGCAGUGUUGCUUCAGACAGCCACGAGUCAUCACACAUAUGGCUCUGCGAUGAACAAGGUAACGUGCACGUAUUGAGGGAUCUCGAAAUGUACACAGCGUCUGUCAACCCCAACUUAUCAAUAAAGGAAACAGCUACAACAGAAAUAGACCCUCCCACUCUCCCUAGCCCCGGGCCUCCUUGGUCGAAAGAAGGUGCUGGUUUCAGCACUGUAGUUGGAGGCUACUCUGGCAUUGUUUGUGGUAUCCAAAAUGCAGAACUGUGUGUUCGCUUGGGAGUAACUCAUGACAACCCACUGGGAAACUCUUGGAGCAAAAUGUACUGCAAGGCAACCGAUAUUGCAGUUGGUUCCUAUUUUGUUGUUAGGAGGACACAGUCUGGGGCAUUGUUUACAGUCGACUUAUCAACAAUCGAUCUCACAAAGAAAAAAUCUCUGCUCAUAUUGAACUGGCAAGGAAUUCCACCAUGCCCUUCAGAUCUGUGGAAUAAUGAUGAUUCAGAAGUGUGUGUGCCUACAUUUAUAUCUCUGGAUAAAUAUGACAAUUUUUUCCUUAUUGACUCUACUGGUAAUGUUUGCAUGUAUUCAAGUCUUGGAUCGAGACAUGCCAGCUGGUCUAAGGUGUGUUCUGCUCCGUCUAUUGGUAAAAGAUGGGGAAUACUAAAAUGGCUGACUUUCUGGCGUGAAGACGAACAACGAGGUCAGCUGUCGAGAGUGAGUCCAGGGAAACAAUCUGUUUGGUGUAGUAUGAAGAAUUCCUCACCCAGGGUUUUUUGGCAACUUGUUCUCAGUUAUAUUCAAUCGAAAGCUGAUCUAAAAUUGAAAACGAACUGGACAAGAAUAGAGAUCCCUUUUGAAGAUGAAAUGGUUUGUUUCUGUGCCGACAAAUGUGAAGUUUCUGGGAUAGUUUGUGCUGUGAAGACUGAAGACACUACCGAAACUCUGCUAAAGUACUGUCUAAACUUUAACAGCGACGAGGCAAAAAACGUUAGUCCAUUGGUAAUUUCCGGCCCUUUUUCCUCUUGUAAAUCAAUUUCAAUAUGCCGUACUUCUGUUACGUCCACAUCGUCGUCCAAUCACUUGUCAGUACGAGCUGGUAUCUUGAGAGUGUCCACUGGCUCCACUUCUACAUCGUCUGGACGAGUCACAUCAGAUUUGAAACAAGAGCGUAGUAGUGACGUGUGCUGUGAGAACGGUGAUUGUUACUAUUGCCAACAAGCAGCUACUCAACCCUCUGUGUCAGUGAUGUUAGAGGACUCCGAGCAGAGAAUUGCGGCGGAUAGAAAGAGGGAAUUGGAGGAUUCUGAGCAGAGGAUUGUGGGGGGUAGGAAGAGGGGACUCGAGGAUUCUGAGGAGACCUACCCCUCCAAGAGAUCUCGUGUUCUUCCCAUUAGUUACCCUCUAGUGGAAGGGGUGGAUCUACUGUACAAGUACCGGACACAGUCCAUCCCGUCUGAGGAUAUCAUUCGUCUGUCACGUCCAGUCAAAUUGCCAAUAACAGUAAAACAAGUGGAUAGUCAGUUUAAGUACACCUUUGAACUCGAACAUCAAGUCAUCACAAACACUCGUAAAUACGAAUAAUCACUAUUUUUUGUAAUUCUUAAUGCCACAAAAUAUAUUACAUUGCAUGAUGUCACUAUAAUAACAAUCAAAACGAAAUAGUGCUUAUUAUACAAAAUCAGCUGUUGAUAAAAGAGAUGAGAAUGAGGAAUAAAAUACGAGGGGCAAUAAAGAGCAAAAAACAGAA